AUGAACGAAGGUCACCACGAUGCCGCCAGUCGCCGCUUGUCAGACAUAGGGGAGGAGGAGACCGGGUCGCCUUACCGGGCGAUGAGGAACUCGCCGGGCAUGACAGUGGCACGGCAGAGUCGUGUUUUGGAUUCGCCGGCCUCAAUCCGCGAGGCGGACAACACCUCCGAAGGUGCAGAAAACAGAGCGCACAGCAGCUCGUCGGGCUCGACGAUCAGCGCCGCAAGCGAAACUUCGUCUUGGGAUGAGACAAAGGCGCGCGCAGCCUACGUGGCUGCGCAGGAGCGUCGUGGAUCGAGAGAAGACCGUCGCGCAGCCCCUGGACCUGGACCGUCCAGCGGUGCACAGACGGCACAGACGAGCGCAAACGCGCCGGCGGCCAAUGAAGAUGAGGGUCCGGAUGAGGACCUAUCCGCGGUUAUCUUGGAGAGCGAGGCAGAGCGGAUUCUGGAGAACGCGAAGAGACGAUUGUCGCUCAUGGAGGGCAAUCUAACGCGAGCUCGAUCUACAAUGCGCUCAACUACUCCGUCCGCCUCGUCAUCGCCAGUGCCAUCCACGUCCCCUGGUCUCGGACAGCCCGUUGGCGGCUUGUACCAGUCGAUUCAUCGCGCGGCAGACCGCAGGUCCUCCAACCUCCGGUCGCGACAGAUAUAUAAUUCGCAGGAUACGACCAACAACCGGCACUCGCGAGUUUACAGCGAGACCAACCUACCGUCAAAUCAGCCCACCGUUGUGAAGAACUUCUCCCGCUCCAUGAGCGCCAUGGGCUCUAGCACGAGCUCCAACAUUCAUAGUGGCGAGCGCUCUUUUCAUUACGCACCCACUCGAGCGUACCUGACUCACCGGGCAUCGGUCUCGUCUAUACAGCAACAUGGCUCGAAUCCGUCUAUGAAAGAGCGCGCCUCUUCUGGCUCCCCGCCGGUGUCUGAAGAAGAGGAAGACGAGACAAAACCGUCUAAUAUGGAAGAAUUCAAUACCGCAUACCCGGUACACGAUCCUCCUUCUCGAUCCCAGUCUCAGCUGCAGGUGCGCGAUCUGCAGGACCAAAUGAAAGGUCUUCAUAUCAAAAUCUCGACGCUGAAGGUGAAGGCGCAGGAAGAUGGUCUGCGGCGACGCAGUCUGCAAAGUCUGCGCACGCCCAGCCCUUUAACAGCUGCAACCCAUUGGUAUGCCAAUCCUCUUGAUCACACCGCACGCCGUAGCCCGCUGCGUUUGAGCGCCGAGUAUGAACAAUACAUGGACUCGCCCAUCAACAGCCACUUCAACGGUAGCGGGCAGAAGUCCAGUAGCAAUACUGAUUCAACGCUUCUUGUCCCGGAAACCGUAUCUUCCGAGCCCGUGCAGUCAUCGGACGGCCCUAUAGUGGCAGCCUUUGAACUAACCGACCAUGAGAGUGACCACUCGACCGCGGAAAGUCUUUACGAGGAUGCAGAGGAGGAUAUUGACCGCGCGGCGCUGGAGGAGAUCUUACGGGAACCUCUCGACGACGAUCUUGCUGCGGAUGAGCUAGAAUCGUUCCCCGGGGUACCACAUACCGAUGAUACCCCUCAUGAGGAGCGCGAGGACGCCUUCGACUACGAGCACUUUAUCCUGCAUAGCGCCUUGGGUAAUUAUACUCAAGCACGACUCCGACGGCAAAGCAACGCGUCGGAAACGUCUGUUGAGACAACCCGGCCGGUCAACAAGCGCCGCUCUAUGCGUUCCAUUAAGCACUCCCGGUCUAACAGCAACAACUCGAUAUCCACCAUCGCGACCUUUGCCACCGCUGCCGAGGGCAGAGACGAUGUUGAGAGUGUUCUGUACUGGGACCGGAAAUUCAACGUUGAACUCAACCAUACAUAUGCUGAAGACGACGAGGAACCAACAGACAUUGACUCCGAGGCAGAACGCACUCCUCGCAAAUCCAAAUCUCUUGCGGUUGAAGUCAUUUCUCAACGGCCCGACUCCGCAGCAACCGGCUCCGCAACACCAACAUCGCUCGCCUCGUCGCUGGUCUCAACAGUCCGCGCGGCCGCAAGUCCACAUCCCAACUCCGCGAACAGCCAUUUGGGAAUCAACGACGAUGAUACGAGACUGCUCGAGCAGCUGUUCAAAAGCCUUGGCGACGUCUGCAUGAACUUGCAGGAACUUACGUUAACCCCGGAUUACGACGAGAAGCAGGCGAGGUUGCUGAGGAGGCGGUUGGAGGCCGCCCGGCGCGUGCUUGAUGGCGAGCUUGAUACCUGA